UCCACGGCCGUUUUCACGGAACGUCAGUGUGUCAGUGUUAUUUCUCCGCAUAGAUUUGUACGCGCCUGCUGCCUCCAUUUAUGAGUGGGUGAGUAAGUGCGUGGAGUUAAAAUCGUACUUAACAAUUUUUCAAUCAUAUGAUGACGAAAGAAUCCUUAAAGUGCAUGUAAUGUGCUUCCUUGUUGCAGGACGGAUUUCCACCGCUCUUUUGUGUAGUAGGCAACCUUUUAUCUGGUUUAUCUUUUACCUAAGGCAAGGUAUUAUUAUGCUGGUAAGGGGCAACCGGUCGUUGGACUAACCCCUUAAUACUGAACGCCAACAGAAGUUACAACUUUCUCUUUUGAAGUCUUAGAUGUGACCCGACCUAGGAUUGAUCCUGGAUCUACCGCUACUACUGUUACCGGAAGAACAAGAUUGACCACAGAAAUGCUGUUUACUAAAAGCGUUUAUUCCUCCUGGCUUAACAGCUGAAAUCCAUUCAGAGAUCUAUAGGAUUAGGAGAGGUAGUAAACUGGUAUUGGUGGGAUUCAGAGCCCGGGGACGUGACUGAUGAUUUAGAGGACUGUCGCUCCACAAUGAGGACUUUAUCACCUCCUAUUCUGGCUGCUCUUGUUUUCUUUCUCGUCAUGAUCAAUACCCCUCUAAUAGAUGUGCGAGCCACUUUUACAAACGAGAUGCGAGAUCAUCGUUUGAUUCCAACUGACGAGGCGGGCGUUGUAGAUUUGAAUGCAGUAAAGAAAAUCAGAGAUUUGAACAAGGGGACCGCCAAACAAACUGAAAAGAAAGUCCGAGCGGAUGAAGUUUGCAACACGACUCGCACAUUUCCUUGUGUGUGCAGCCAAUCGGCAGAUGGCUUAACUGUGAACUGCUCUGGAAGAAGUCUAAUUUCCGUUCCUGCUGGUAUCCCAGAUAGAGUCACUCUUCUGAUUUUGAGUCACAACAGGAUACGAGACAUUCCAGCUGGUACAUUUCGGAACUUGAGUCGGCUGGGAGUGCUGAACCUUUCCUACAACGAGUUGUCUCACAUGGGCUCUGGGGUGUUCAGUGGCCUGAAUCGACUCACAAAACUCCUGUUGAAUGAAAAUCCUUGGCAUAUGACAGCAAAAACAUUCAGCGACGAUGUGUUUACCCCUCUCGCAAAUCUCACAUGGCUGAACCUGAAGACAGCCUUUCCCUCUGACAACCGUCAGUCUCAGUACCCUGAUUCCGCCCUGAGUAAACUUCCCCGCCUGGAAACCCUUCUCAUCAAUGGCCUGACCAACAAAGUGUUUGGAAAAGGGUUCGUCAAAAUAUCCUCGCUAAAGACAUUAGAUCUGUCACACUCGCCCUCUUUCGAGUCAAUGUCCAAGGACACCUUUGUGAAUUUUAAGAAUAUUUCCUUGAAAACCCUGAACCUUAGUCAUUGCGAUUUAACGCAGAUCCACAGAGAAACGUUUUCAAACCUUCCACAGAUAGAUACCAUCGACUAUAGCCACAACGUCCAUUUAGAGAUCAAGGGAGUCGGAAUCAGCACAUAUGGCCUUCAAAACAGCAGAAUACGAAAAAUCGUCAUGCAAAGAGUACAUGUUUUUGAUUCGUUGACGAUAGUAACAAAAGAAGACUUCCAGUAUCUGAACCAAACAGGUCUUGAAGAGUUGUACAUGGACAAUAAUACAAUAGGGCAGAUAAUCGGGUUGGAACCUGUAUUGGCAUUACCUCUCUCAAUAAGAAACUUGAGUUUUUCCUGGAAUAAUAUACAAAGCUACAAACAUCAGGUGUUUCUUCUCUUGAGGCUGCAAAACGCGGAACAACUUGACGCUAGUAACCAAGAGGUUUAUGAUGUGACAAAUAGACGGACGAACGGACAUCAAGAAAAUAUAUCGUCUAGACAGGUGCAGAAAGUUUCCACCAGAAGCUUUGACUCCAUACUAUCUCAUCAGCUUGGUCCUCGUUUAGAGGAUGUGAGUUAUCUUAAACACUCCCGCGUUCUUUCUGACGUACGUAUAGAACUCGAUGAAGAGGCUUUACCUGAGUUUUAUCUUCCCCCAAAUCUUUGGAAAGUGGACUGCAGCAAAGUUUACAAAAUCAGAUUCACUGUACCAGAACUGAAAUUGAAAAAUUCCUCCCUGGAAUUUGUAAACUUUGCUUACAAUGGACUGAACAAAUGGAAGGGUCCGAUCCGAGGAGCUGAGAGCAUUCGUUACCUGGAUCUUACUGGCAAUGGAUGUAAUUAUGUUUCGGACAUGUUCUUCGCUUACAUGACCGGACUGGAGACGUUACACAUUGGCCAGAACAAACUGGGAAAGCAUUUUACAAGCGACAUCGUGUUCUACAACCUCACCUCACUCAAACGCCUCUACAUGGAGGACAAUCAGUUGGAAACUUUAGAGUUUAAUCUGUUCUCCAGGCUCUCUAACCUCACCGAGCUACGACUCUCUGGAAAUUAUCUCACGGACUGGAACAUGAACAUGUCCGGCUUGACGAAACUGCAAACUCUGGAUCUGUCGCACAAUAAAUUACAGACUCUGCCUCCGUCGCUGUGCCAUGCCCUGGACGACAUUUUCCAGUUUUCCGCCGUCCUGGUCGACAUCCAGGACAACCCGUUCCAAUGUGUGUGUGACACAGAGCAUUUCAUCGAGUGGCUGGCAAGAACGAAGGUAACGUUCAGGAAUCUGGCGUCCACGUUUUGUCGACUGGCGAAUGGCACAACUCUACCCCUCUCCGCUAACAGAGUCAUCCUGAACACCCUCAAACGAAGAUGUCGGUCAUACGCGGCUCUCAUCGGCGGCUUAUGUUCAACGGUAUUCUUGUUCUUGGUCGUGUUGGCGGUAAAAGUCGUUCACCGUCAGCGCUGGAAACUCCGGUACCUGUGGUACAUGGCAACCAACUGGCGAAAGAGAACUGGCUACCAGAGUCUGGACAGCGUUGCGGAGAAUCCUUUCGGCUACGACGCCUUUGUGUCUUACGAAGAUGCUCACUUAAACUUCAUUCGAGAGCAGAUCAUCCCGCGUCUUGAAACCGAAUCGGGACUAAAACUAUGCAUCGACAAGAGGGAGUUUAUUCCUGGAUUGUUCAUCACGGACAACAUACUUCAUGCGAUAACGACCAGCAGGAAAACCGUGGUGCUUCUCUCGCGGGCGUUCCUCAAAAGUAAAUGGUGCAUGUACGAGCUGAACAUGGCCCGGAUGGAGGGAAUUUACAACGGAAGAGAGGUACUAGUGCUUGUUCUAAUGGAGGACAUUCCCAUCAACCAACUUCCGCCAGAGAUUAUUGACGUCAUUCAAAAGCAGACGUACAUUGAGAUGACACAAAAUUCGUAUGGCCAGACGCUCUUCUGGGAAAGGGUGGUGUCUGCCAUCAAAUCCGACUGAUAGCCUGUUUUAACCCUAUUUAGUUUAACCAUUUAGAGUCAUUAAAACAUUACCCUUAAUUUAACCAUUCAGAGUCAUUAAUGACAUUACGAAUAUAAUUACAACUUCUAAGUAACAGAUACAUAAAACUACAGCAUAGCGAUUUAAAUCCGAGGGACGAAGAUAACGUGACAUUUGACAAAUGUUCAAAUACGGUCUCCUGGGUUUUAUUCUAUCUGAUCGUGGAAAUGCAAAUACCGCCCCCCCCCCCCUCCCCUCCACUUUAAUUAAAUAUUAAUGUUCAACCACCCUUCAAAGGUGUUCAUAUUCCAACUCCAUUAAAAGUGUGAAAUUUUUUAUCCUCUGUUUCAAGUCCUGGUUAAAUGAGUUGA